CGCAACGGGAGCAGACGUGUUAGUUUUUUGUUCGACGCAUUUGCUUCACUAUCACACGUUUUUGUUAUAAAAAAUACGUAGGUACUAUGGCGACGGAGUGGAGUAACAAGAAAGCUAUAACUUUUCUCGAAAUUCUGCAAACAGAACCAUGUUUGUGGGAUCCGAAACACAAAGGUUACAAGAACCGAGGAACGCAGAAUGAUGCUUGGCGCCGAAUAAUAGAAAAAAUACCGUUUCAAACAACUAUUGAAGAAAUUAAGAAGAAGAAGGAAAGCCUAAUGGGUUAUUAUAGAAUCCAUUUGAACAAAAUUAAGAAAACGUUGAAGUCCGGCGCUGGCAAAGAUGACGUAUAUACAACUAAUUGGUUUGCAUUUGAAACGAUGGACAAUUUCUUGCGACGAGUAUAUGAUAGGAGCCGCACAUUAAAAACAGAGGCAAAUGACGACAAUGAGGCUCAAGAAGGAAAUUAUUUCAAUCAGAAUAGUUCUCAUUUGUCUACAGAAACUGAAGAAGCUACGGAGAAUAUUUUGGAAGGAAAUGGAACUCGACCAACAGAAAAUAGAUCUCAAAAUUAUGGAAGAAAAAGACUUCGUCAAAUGGACGAAGCUUUUAAAAUGAAAGAGAAGAAAGAUGAUGAAUGUGAGAUUUUCGGAAGACUUAUCGCAAUUAAGCUGAAACAAAUAAGUAAUCCAAAUACGCGCGAUACAUUGAUGAAUGAUAUUCAAAACUUAGUAUUUCGUGCAUGUUUGGACGAUCGACUGGAGCAAGAGUCUGCAGUACCUCAGUCCUCUACAUCAUAGUCUAGUCUCCAUCAAGCAUACAGUGCAUCGCCAUUUUACUAGUUGUUAAAACUAUUUUUCUUUAGUAAUAUGUUGUCAUAGUAAGGAGUAACUAAUGAUGUUAUUACAUUUUUAACAGUACAUUU